CUUCAAAAUGGCGGCUAAGAGUGUAGCAAGCUCGUUGAACCUUACAGCGAUAAAGAAAAGCGAUCAGUAUGUCAUGAAUAUCUUGGAUAAUGCAUCACAAGUGGCACUUUACAAGUUUAAUGGUGAAACACAAGCCUGGGAGAAAACAGAAGUAGAAGGUGCCUUAUUUGUUUACAAAAGGUCUGCAACUCCAACAAGUGCCUUCUUUAUCAUGAAUAGAUUAAAUAUGAAAAAUAUGAUGGAGCCAAUAACAAACAGUAUGGAGUUUAAACUUCAGGACCCCUUCCUCUUGUAUAGGAAUAGUGCAAAAGAGAUAUUUGGUAUUUGGUUCUAUGAUGUUGAGGAAUGUAAAAGACUGGCUGGCUUAAUGACAAUGAUUAGUUCCCAGAUGAAUGCAUUAGGAAGUGCCACAGUCACCCCACCCAAACCAUCAUAUACCCAAGAGAUGCCAAAGGAAAGUCAAAAAACUACCUCAGAGGAAAAGGUUGAUAUCAUGCAGUUAUUUGCUAAAGCUCAAGAGAAAUACAACAAUCAGUCAAAGGCAAGCAGUGCAAGUACAGCAGCUACUCACACAGUAAACACACCCUCAAGACCACAGAUACUUCCCGAGCACAGAGAACAUCAACAGUCAUUCCUCCAGCAAAACCAACAACAGCUAGAACAGCUUCAAAAACUAUUCCAAACUGAUGAUAGACAACCAAAGAAGCAAAGAGCAUACUCUACCCCAGUCCCUUACCUUUUAGGAAAUUUGUCACCCUCCUCCUUGGGAAAAGGACCUUCCAAGGGGGCAGAGCAACAGAAUGGUGUAUCACCAGGGGCUGAGGGACAGACAAGUAAGAAGAACCUCAAAAUGAAGAGUCUUCCUCUGUCAGACGUAAAGGCUCCAGUAAGUUCAGUUGUAUUAGGAACCGUGAAAAGUACUCAAGAUGACUCUGCAGUUAUUGAGCAAGGGAAAGGAGGGGCUCAAAGAAAGUUAUUUCACAAUGAGAAGGCGGAAGCAAAAAGCGCGGCCAUGGCACCUGUAACACCCACAGUUCCUCCACAGACAACAUUGGCGUCUCAAACAAAAGACUCUCCUCAAAAGUCACAGCAAGACCAGGGGGGUGCCGCAGCAGCGUCACUCAUGUCUCCAUUAGCGUUCAAAUCCUCAGGGAAAGUGACUGUUUUAACACCAGCACCACCACCACCACCACAGCCCAAACAGCCUCCAACAAUGGACAUCGCCCCCCUAACACAAGAGCAGCUAGUUCAAGCACUGACAUAUUUAUUAAAGAAUGACUCGGAGUUCGUGGCUAAAAUACACGAGGCAUACUUCAAAAGUCUUAUGGAGAAGUUACCAACGUAGCCAUAUCUGUUUCCACGGUUGGUAUUCCUUUGUUGAUCAACAGGCAAAAACGUGAAUUCCUUUGCAAUGGUGACAGCAAAGGGAGAAGAUUUCGACGUGAAGGUUUAUUUGGAGAAGAUAUGAUGGCAAGGUUAAACGUAUUUUUGAAACCAAUUGAAAACGAUUCAAUACUCAAAAUUGCAUGAUGUUUGGGAGCUACAGGUAUAUCGAGAUAUCCAAAACUAACUUUUUGAAGCAUGUACAAAACUUUUCCUACAAUUUAAACAAAUGUUUGUUGUACUUCAUAGUGAGAGAAAACCGAUUCUUUAGCCGUGAAUCUCAAGCAAAAACGAAUAAGUGUGGAGACGAACGAAGGGAGUUAAAAAUGACAAACUCGGAAUGAAGGUUUAAACUUUUUCACACUAACAUCAGUAUGCAUAUUCUCCAUACUGUUCUUUAUAAAGUUUAUAUGUUUCUGUCGAUGAGAAGUUGUUCUAACAAUCAAGAGCUUGUUUAGUUGGUGAUCAUUUCCUUUAUUCUCCCUACCUUAAUCUGUGAUUGAGGGGUGAUAUGUAAGGAGAAAUUAGAUGUUAGUCACUGUUAGUAGUCAAAGGCACAGAGGAUGCGUAGCCCCCGCAUAACAAAUUGCUCUGUAGUUUUUCUGUUAGAUUGUUUUUGUUUUAUGCCGGUUUUUUGGGCAGCCUCAAGUUUAUUUGCCGGACAUGUUUUCAUGUAAUGUUUGUUAUUAUAGUGUUUAUUGUUACGUUAGUGUUCCCCAGAGUACAUUUCGAUAGAGUGUCAUAAAACAUAAACCAUAAUAAUCACAGCAACCAAUCAAAAUUAAGGGACAUAUCCCAAGGUGCCAAGGCGCCUGAAGCGCGGGAAAACGCGGGAAAACGUGAGAAAACGCGGUUAACCAAGACGCGACUGGGUUUCAGUUUUGAAUCUGAUUUGUUGAUAAAGUGAUGCGAAUUUUGUGGACCAAUUGAUCAAAGAGCAAAAGAAAAGCAAAACCAAAUCAAUACCGAAUUACUUUUAACACUCAACUGAAAAUUACUCUUGACUACUGUAUGUUAAUUAUUUAGUGCCGUUGUUGCAGUCGGCUUGUGAGUCCAAAGCGUCCAAAGUUGUUAGAAAGAGUAGUGAAAUCGAAGUAUUUUUAGGAACGUAAUCAAGACACUUCUCGCGCAACAUUGCUGCAUUUUAAAUUAAAAAGCACUGUUGCACAUUUUGCCACCGCGUGUUCGACUAGUUGAACAAUUACUUCAAAUUUAAAAGAUUUGUUGGUAAAAAUUUGCGCUUGAAUCCACGCUGUACAAAAAGCUACCGAAAUGGCGACACUGUCAGUAGUUGCGUGACGAGUUGAAUGCUCUCCUGUUAAUGCGGCUAACAACUCGUGCAACUGGCGGUGUGACAGUGUUGCGUGACAAGUUGAAUGCGCUCCUGGUAAUGCGUGUAACAACUCGUGCAAUUUGCGUUGUAGUGGUGUUGCGCGACAAGUUGAACGAGAGUGUUUCCCGUAUAUUACUCCCCUUUGACAGAAUUAUUCGAAGCAGGAGUCGAUUAAAUAAGAGACUGGAUCCUCCAUACAGGAUUAAUUCCAAGGGUAAAUUUUUAGACUCAAGGUAUCUUGUAUCCUAGAUGCAAUGUGACAUACAGCUGGGGGUGGGGGAACAGCUGGUAAAGGGCGAUUAGGGAUGGAAUUCCCACGUGACCAAAAUUUAUCUUAUGUGAACUACUAUUUCUACAUUUCUGGGAUCUCAGAGAUUGCUUUACGCGCACGCGCGGAGUAAUUCUUUAAGUCUCCUUCUACCACUGUGGCAGAACAGUUGUUGCACAAACGCUAUCUACUUGCAUUCUUUUUCAACAUACAGUAUGAUAGUAUUUUUUUUUUUUUAAAUGGCACGUAACUUGAUUACUUUUGAAUAAGAAAUAAGCUUGUGUUGAGGAAUCAGUCAGCUUGAUAUUCUUUUUAGUAGAUAGGUCAAAAGUACAUUUAGAAUUUACGCUUAGUUGGAUAAGAUAUAUUGCAAAAUUGAAUCGGAGUUUUUGCAAUUUGUUAGUUGUCCAAAAGGUGCUGUCAAGUUUACAUGAAGACAUCUUUUUAUGAAAGCUGGGCAGAACUUUGCACUGAGAAGCAACCUAAGAGAUUUUUUUUUUAUUUACUUCAAAAUCGUACGUGAACUUUUAACAACAAUUUCUUAUUUGUGUUUGUGUUCUUUUCAGGUCAUAUUAUGUUUCAACGUAUGUUAAAAGUUUACGUAGGUCACAAGAAUGAAAACGUUUUUAUCCUACAAUUCUAAGCCAUUCAAUGCUAGCUUUAACAAAAAUGUGUAAGCUAACAUUGAAAACUUUUUGUACUCAGUCGAGUAUACAGAAUACCUUGGUGUUCUUUUUAAAGACACAAACAACUUUUAUUGUGUUUGUAUCUUAUUCCUUAAGCAUUUCAUGAUUUGAAAAAGAACUUUUUUUUUUUUUUCAAACUCGAAGGCUAAGAAUGAUUUUUGGUUUAACAAGGUUUGAAAAACGUAGAUUGUUUUUAAGAAUCAAAUUUGUCUAAGAAAACAUGAAGAGUGGCUUGCCUUGACCCUUUACACCCUUAACAUCAGUACGCAUAUUCUCCAUACUGUUCUCUGUACAUUUCCAAAGGAGCUGACAAG